AUGAGAGGAUCUGCUCCUGGGCGCAGCAGCGCCCAGCUGUCUUACCCAACCCAUGAGGACAUGCAGAUAGGGAGAAGCAGCUUCCUGCAGCUAGCAGCAGCAAUAGCAGCAGCAGCAAAAGGGAAGAACAGCAGCAGCAGCAUUGAGGCAUUUAAAUGGUCAUUUAAGGGGCUACAGGAUGUAGCUGAUUUGCUGCUGCUGCUGCUGCAGCAGCAGCAAAGAUGCAAAGUGCUGCUGACGCAUGCACUCUGGGCUUCUGCUGCAGAGAAAGUUGCUGCUGCAUGCAGCAGCUACGUCAAUGAAUUCUUGCCGCAGAUGCUGCUGCUGCACACAGCAGAGACGCAGCUGCUGCAGCAGCAGCAACAGCAGCAGCGGCAACAGCAGGGCCAAGCACAACAACAGCAGCAGCAGCAGCAGAACACGGUGCAGCAGCAGAUGCUGCCGCUUGCCCGCGAGCUGCAGCUGCUGCAGCUACGAUUCAUGCAGCGGCUGCUGCAGCAGCAGCCAGCAGCAGCACCUGUUUGUGCUGCUCCUAUUGCGCAAAUCCUUAGCAUGCACAGCAGCGUCUGGCAAAGCAGCAGCAGCAGCAGCAGCAGCAGCAGUGAGCAGCUGAGUGUUGUAGCAGCAGCAUAUGAGCUGCUGCAGUCAUGUGGGAUACUGCAUCCCCUUGCAGAGGAUCGUGCUGCUGCUGCUGCUGCUGCCAGCAGGGGGCAGCAGCAGCAGCGGCAGGGUAUGCUGCUGCUUCCCGAAGCAGCGCAUGCAGAGCAGCUGCUGCAGCACACUGCAGCAGCAUGGGAGGAAGCAGACACCCAGGUGCUGCUGCAGCUGCUGCAGCAGCCGCCCCACACGCAUGUGGUGGCGUCUGCUGCUGUUGCUGCAGCAGCAGCAAACGUCGAGUCGGAUGGAUCUGCUGCUGCAACAGAGACAGCAACAGCAGCAGCACCUGCUGCUGCUGCUGCUACCGAAACAGCAGCAGCAGCAGCAGCAGCAGCAGCAAUGUGUAAGGCAGUAAUAAACCCUCUAGUGUAUGGGGAGGUGCUGCAGACAAUUGUGUGGAUUUGCUGCAGACAGCCGCAGCGGCUGCGUGUCUUCCUGCAGCCUCUUAUAAAAGUUGCGGAGACACUGCAUGCAGAGUAUCAACGUGCUGCUGCUGCUGCAGCAGCAGCAGCAGCAGCAGCAGCUGAUGGUGCUGCUGCUGGAGAGACCCCUGAUGCCCUUGAUUCCCCUACAGCACUGUCACUUGUUGCUGCUGAAGGGAAGGGCUGCGGUGUACAUUGUGUUGCAGCAGCAGCAGCAGGCUGCGGUGGUCCUGCUGCUGUUCAUGGCCUCGUGCUGCUGCUGCAGCGCGAGGGUUUGCGGCUGUUGGCUUCCCCCCGCUGCUCUCCUUCUGCUGGUUUGCUGCUGAUUGAGGCAGCAGGACGAAGAGCAGCAGCACGUGUGCUGCAGCAGGAAGCAAACGCUGAAUUCCAGUCUAUGUGGGCAACCGAGGACCAGGAAGACAGCAGCAGCAGCAGCAGCAGUAGCAGCAGCAGCAGCAGCAGCAAUGGUGACGCGGUGUACAGGGAAGCAGCUGCUGCCGAUGCAGGGAUCCAAAAGAAGCGGCGCAUUGGACAGGGGACCACUACCAGCAGCAGCAGCAGCAACGGCAGCAGCAGCAGCAGCAGCACGGCGGAGGAGAAUGGCAUGCAGCAACUCUCUACUGCUGCUGCACUGGAGAGUGUUGCUGCUGCUGCUGCUGCUACGGAGGCAGCAUCAAGGGUGCUGCUGCUAGCAGAGACAGAUGGAGGGGCAUGGAGGGCCCAUGAGCAGCAGGUAGAUGCUGUCUCCUUGGUGCUGGAGGUAUAUAAUCCGCAGCGUCUUACCUCCUUGCUGCUUGAAGGACUGCAGCGCAGCAGCAACAGAAGCAGCAAGAGCAGCAGCAGCAGCAGUGGGGCUGCUGCACGAGCCUGUCUUCCUGCGAUGGAGCUGCUACGUGCAGCAGAGGCAAAACUGCAGCAAGAGAGCAACAGCAGCAACACGAGCAACAGCAGGAGCAGCAGCAGCGGAGACACAGCAGCAGCAGCAGCAGCCAGCAGCAAGUGUGGGGCUUUGCUUCCUCCUCUCUCUGAUGAUUUCUCCGCGCAGCAAAGUUUAGUUGCAUGCAACGAGGCGGCCCUCUGCCUGAGUGUCUCCCUGGAAGUAAUCCUUACGUCGAUCGUCUCCUCUUCCUUCAGGAAAGAGAACCCCCUUCAGGUGUCUCCUCAGGUUGGGCAGCACCAGCAGCAGCAGCAGCAGCAGCAGCAGCAGCGCGCCAUUGUUCCCGUUGCAGGCGAAGUUGGCUCUGUCUCUGGAUUUGUUGUUUUUCCUUUCAAGCCGUUGCUGCAGCCGGAGCAACAGCAGCAGCAGCAGCAGCAGCAGUGCGCACUCCUCAGCAGCAACAAAAGCAGCAGCAGCAGCAGCAGCAGCAGCAGCAGGGGGGGGCUACGCGCUGCAUACAGUCAACUUAUUGGUCGUUUUCUUGUUGCUGUUCCUUUGGUCCCUCCCUCUGUCUUCGCCUUCCUCGCGUGGCUAGCCGACGGACCACCCCCUCCAGGAGCAGCAGCAGCUGCUGCUGCAGCAGCAGCCGCUGCUGCUGCUGCAACAGCAACACCGGCAGCAACACAGCAGCAAGACGAGCAGCAGCCCGAGGCUGCUCGCACGUCUGAUGCUGCAGAUAUGGCUGAAGACGGCAAGACUCCGUCUUGCUUGGAGCAGCAACAACAGCAGCAGCAACAGCAGCAGCAGCAGCAGCAGCAGCAGGAGAAGCAAGCAAAAGGGACUUAUUCUCCCCCUAUAGAUCCAUGGCAACCCCGCCCUCUUGUAGAUAUCUUGCUGCAAGCUAAGGGGUCCUUAAGAGGACCUGCUGCUGCUGCUGCUGCUGCUGCAACAGCAGGAGGAAAAGGGGAAGCAGCAGGUGGAGGAGCAACACAGGAAAUUGUUCGAUGCCCUCCAGGGACACCGCUGUGGCAAAUGCCCUCCCUCUUGCUGCAGCAGAUGGGGAUGGAGGCAGUGCAGCAGGAGGAGCAGCAGGAACAGACAAGCGAAGUAGCAGCAGCAGCAGCAGCAACUGCAGCAGCAGCUGCUGCUGCUGCUGCUGAGGGAGCAACACCAUUAGUUGUCCCCCGUAUAGAGCUGCAGGGAUGGGGAUCGGAUGCGACCUACUCCGGUCGAUGGGUUGAAGAGGUGGCGAGUGUCAUCUUCGCCUCAACGGGAGGGCCGGGUGCUGUACAAACGCUUUUAGGCAUGAUGGGCAGCAGCGCGUUUCCUGCUGCUGUUGCUGCAACAGUGCUGCGCGAGGUUGCUGCAGUUGCAGAUGCCGCAGACGCAGCAGCAUCUACAGCAGCUGAAGCAGCAGCAGCAGCAGCAGCUGCUGCUGCUGCUACUGCUAACGAGGCAAAAACAGCGAAUGAGGCCUCUGCGGGAUCUACAGCAACUGGAGAAACAGCAGAGGCAGCAGCAGCAGCAGCUGCUGCUGCUGCUGCUACUGCUGCUGCAGCACUCAAGGCGAAGGCAGCAGCAAGUGCUGCAGCCUUCGACAUGCGCAGCAGCGUCUUUGGUGUUGUAAAGCAGAUCAACAACUUAUACCAUGAGGUGUAUCCGCAGCUCCUAGAGCUACUCCAACCCGAACAGAAGCCGCUGCUGCUCGUGCUGCUGCAGCAUCUAGCAGCAGCAACAACAGCAGCACUACAGAAUGGAGAUAACUUGCCGCAGCAGCUGCUGCAUGCAGCUUGGGCAGCAUUUAAUACUCACAAGGACUUUUCCCUUGUAGCACCUUUGCUGCCCUUCUUUACUAGCGAGCAGUGCCAGGUGUACAUACAGCAGCUGCUGCUGUCUGAUGUAGAUAUGUCUUUGGUGUCUUCUGUGUUUACGGACCUGAUGAAGUCUCGGUCUACCCUCAAGCAGCAGCAGCAGCAGAAGAAGCAACAGCAGCAACAGCAGCAGCAGCGGGCCCUGGACUGCGGCAUAUCUCCAGAGGACAUGCUGUUGUGUACAUACAACUUAACCUGCCCCUCUGUGGCGGAGAGGCGGCGGCAAGCAGCAGCAUUGGAUAUUUGUUUGGGGCUGACGGGGGCACUCCCUACCUCCCCUACAACAGAAGAAUUAGUUCCCAUACACGCAGUGGCUGCUGUGUGCCAGCGGCUAUCCGAAGACACCGAGAAGGAAUUGCAGCCCGUCUUUGGUCGUCUGCUGUGCCGCGCAGCACAACACUUGCCGUCACUAGGAGAGUUCUUGUCUGGUGUUGUUUUUCCUUCUCUUGUCGCGAGAGAGGCUUGGUUGUCUCCUUCUCUAUGGAAGGGCGUUAGUAUUGCCGUGGGGGCCCUUUGGCCUUCUCAUAGCGAAGCGCUGCUGCAGCACAUCCUCAGACUGCCGCAGGAGGCAGGAAAGCCGCUGCUGCAGCAGCUGCAGCAGCGGCUGCCGAUAGCAGCGGAACUUUCGGCUCUCCUUGCGCAAGACCCUGUGGCACGGCAGCAGUGUCCCCCUUACCUGCAAGUCUUGCUGGGUCUCUCAAGGAAAAGUGAAUUUUCUGCUGCUGCUCCCGCUGCUGCGGUACUGUACAUGCCGUUGCAACAGCAGCAGCAGCAACAGCAGCAGCAACAGCAGCAACAACCGCAAACUGCUUUUAUCUAA